AUGGUGCCAUCCCCGAUCAAGAGUCUGCCUGUGUUGGCGGCAUUGACGCAAUAUGCCCUCGCUCAAGAUGUGAUCACCAGCGACACAUACUUCUAUGGCCAGUCCGAGCCGGUAUACCCCACACCCGAGUUGACUGAGACCGGAGCCUGGACCGACGCCAUCAGCAAGGCUGCAGCUCUCGUGAGCCAACUCACGAUCGAGGAGAAGGUCAAUUUGACUGGCGGCGUCACGUCCACCACGGGCUGUUCGGGCUUCAUCCCUGCCAUUGACCGCCUAGGCUUCCCCGGGUUGUGUCUUGCUGACGCAGGAAAUGGUGUUCGGAACACAGACUAUGUCAGUGCAUGGCCAUCGGGCAUCCACGUCGGCGCAAGCUGGAACAAGGACCUGACGCAUGCCCGUGCAGUGGGCCUCGGCAACGAAGCAAGGUUGAAAGGCGUCAACGUAUUACUCGGCCCAGUUAUUGGUCCAGCCGGACGUGUCGUCGAGGGAGGUCGCAACUGGGAGUCCUUCUCCAUCGACCCGUACUUGUCCGGUAGCCUCGUAUACGAGACCGUGGACGGUGUUCAAAGCACUGGCGUGAUAACAAGCACGAAGCACUUCAUCGGACAAGAGCAGGAGACGCAUCGUCUGUCGACUAGCUCUGGUGCUUUUGCUGAGGCUGUUUCCAGCAACAUUGACGAUAAGACUCUGCAUGAGCUUUAUCUAUGGCCAUUUUCCGAGGCAGUCCGUGCUGGUACUGGAAAUAUCAUGUGCUCUUACGCGCGUGUCAACAACUCUUACUCCUGCCAAAAUAGCAAGUUGCAGAACGGAGUUCUCAAAGGAGAGCUCGGUUUCCAGGGAUGGGUUGUGUCCGACUGGGGUGCCCAGAAGUCCGGAGUGAGCUCAGCCCUGGCUGGCUUGGACGUAGCUAUGCCUAACGGUGACGGUCUGUGGGCAGGCAACCUAACUCUGGCUGUCAACAACGGCUCUGUGCCUGAGAGCCAGCUCGAUAACAUGGCCACGCGAAUUCUUGCAUCUUGGUUCCAGAUGAAGCAAGACACCGAUUUCACGAGCCCGGGCAUCGGUAUGCCCGCCGAUCUGUCCGCCCCGCACGAGGUCGUCGACGCCAGGGAUCCUACCGCCAGGUCAACGCUGUUCGACGGCGCUGCCGAGGGUCAUGUGCUUGUGAAGAACACCAAUGGCGCCCUACCGCUGAACUCCACCCAGACAAAGUUGAUCUCACUUUUUGGCUACUCUGCCAAAGCGCCAAACAGAAAUAAUUACGAAGAAGCUGCCGAGGGUGACUACUUUGGCUCGUGGUCCAUCGGCGCGGAGCCCGCCAACAUUACUGAAUUGAACGACGGCUUUUUUGGUAACAUCGAACUUCUGAAGUCCGCCAUAGCGCUUAAUGGAACCAUGGUCUCAGGCGGAGGCUCUGGCGCCACGGCACAGAAUCUGAUGAGCGCUCCCUACGACGCGCUCGUGGCGCAGGCCUACGAGGACGGCACGGCGCUUUACUGGGACUUCGAGUCCGGCUCGCCGCUCGUGAACCCGACGUCCGACGCAUGCAUUGUGAUGGGCAACGCCUGGGCAACCGAGGGAUACGAUCGGCCGGCGCUGCGAGACGACUUCACGGACGGGCUGAUCUUGAACGUGGCGGACCAGUGCGCAAACACCAUCGUGGUGUUCCACAACGCUGGAACCAGGCUUGUUGACGUCUUUGUGGACCACCCCAAUGUGACCGCCAUCAUCUUCGCCCACCUUCCGGGCCAGGAUAGCGGAAGGGCCCUCGUCUCGCUGCUGUACGGCCAGACCAACCCGUCGGGCCGCCUGCCGUAUACCGUAGCCCGCAACGAGACCGACUACGGCGACCUUCAGAAGCCGCACCUGACCCUUAACGGCACGUAUCAAGUGUAUCCGCAGUCUAACUUCAGCGAAGGUGUCCUCGUGGACUAUCGCCAUUUCGACGCCUACAACAUCACGCCGCGGUAUGAGUUCGGCUUUGGUCUAAGCUACACAACCUUUGAGUACUCGGACCUCGCGGUGGCCAAGACCGAUGCCACUAUUGACGAGUACCCCAGUGGCAACAUCGUGGAGGGUGGCCAGGCCGACCUCUGGGACGUCAUCGCUAACGUCACUGUCAUUGUUGAGAACAAGGGCGACUGCGACGGCAAGGAGGUCGCACAGCUGUAUGUUGGUAUUCCCGGCGGUGACGCACCUGUGCGACAACUGCGAGGCUUUGAGAAGGUGUUGAUCCAGGCUGGUGAGACCGCGACUGUGCAGUUCGGCUUGACGAGGAAGGAUCUGAGUGUCUGGGAUGUGGUGGCACAGAAGUGGCAACUGCAGGAGGGAAGCUACAACAUCUUCGUGGGAAGGAGUAGCCGAGAUCUGCCACUUAGUGGCACAUUGACGAUUUAA